AUGAACGCCGAGCGGGACCUGGCGCCGCUGGCGCCCAGCGUGGUGCGGGCGCUGAACGACAAGCUCUACGAGAAGAGGAAGGUGGCGGCCCUCGAGAUCGAGAAGCUGGUACGAGAAUUUGUGGCUCAGAACAACACGUCUCAAAUCAAACACGUGAUCCAGAUCCUGUCGCAGGAGUUCGCGCUCUCCCAGCACCCCCACAGCCGGAAAGGGGGACUCAUUGGCCUGGCCGCUUGCUCCAUCGCCCUGGGCAAGGACUCUGGGCUCUACCUGAAGGAGCUGAUUGAGCCGGUGCUGACGUGUUUCAACGACGCCGAUAGUCGGCUGCGGUACUACGCUUGCGAGGCCCUCUAUAACAUCGUCAAGGUGGCCAGGGGCUCCGUCCUCCCACACUUCAAUGUGCUCUUUGAUGGCCUCAGCAAGCUGGCUGCUGAUCCUGACCCGAACGUCAAAAGCGGCUCUGAGCUCCUCGACCGCCUUCUCAAGGACAUCGUGACAGAGAGCAACCAGUUUGACUUAGUAGGCUUCAUCCCGCUGCUGCGCGAGAGGAUUUACUCCAACAACCAGUAUGCCCGCCAGUUCAUCAUAUCCUGGAUCCUGGUCUUAGAGUCUGUGCCUGACAUCAACCUCUUGGAUUACCUGCCAGAAAUCCUGGACGGGCUCUUCCAGAUCCUGGGAGACAACAGCAAGGAGAUACGGAAAAUGUGCGAGGUUGCUCUCGGGGAGUUCCUCAAGGAGAUCAAGAAGAAUCCUUCCAGCGUCAAGUUUGCAGAAAUGGCCAAUCUGGUGAUCCACUGCCAGGCGGCUGAUGACCUGAUCCAGCUGACAGCCAUGUGCUGGAUGAGGGAGUUCAUCCAGCUGGCUGGCCGGGUGAUGCUGCCUUACUCCUCAGGGAUCCUGACCGCUGUCCUGCCGUGUCUCUCCUACGAUGAUCGCAAGAAGAACAUCAAGGAGGUGGCGAACGUGUGCAACCAGAGCCUGAUGAAGCUGGUCAUCCCAGAGGACGAUGAAAUGGAUGAGGCCAAGCAGUCGAUGACCCUACCGGCAGAGCCCACCUCGGAGGAGUCCCUCUCCAAGCCAGAGGCAGCAUCCAGCGGUGAGCUCUCUGGAUGUUCCGGUGACUCCAGCUUCAGCAACAGCAGUGUCUUCACAGUAACCAGCUCCGAGAGGAUCCAGGUGACCCUGAACCUGGAUGGAAUAGUUCAGGUGUUGGACUGCCACCUUCACGACACAUCCAUUGGGAUGAUGACCAGAAUUGCAGUCCUAAAAUGGCUCUACCACUUGUACAUCAAGACUCCUCGUAAGAUGUUCCGACACACCGACAGCCUCUUCCCCAUCUUGCUGCGGACCCUCUCAGACGAGUCGGAUGAGGUUAUCCUGAAGGACCUGGAAGUGCUGGCCGAGAUCGCUUCUUCCCCGGCGGGACAGACGGAGGGUCACGGUCCCUCCGAUGGCUCUGAUCCACGACCCGGCCCGGUGGAGCUUCACGUCCCAGGCAGGGCUGGCCAGCUGAACUCCUCCGGUACGAAAGGCUUGGAGUGCUCGCCCUCCACCCCCACCAUGAACUCCUACUUCUACAAGUUCAUGAUCAACCUGCUCAAGCGCUUCAGCAGCGAACGGAAACUCCUGGAGACCAGAGGAGCCUUCAUCAUCAGGCAGCUUUGUCUACUUCUGAACGCAGAAAACAUCUUCCACUCCAUGGCAGACAUACUGCUUCGGGAAGAGGACCUCAAGUUCGCCUCUACCAUGGUCCACACCCUGAACACCAUCCUGCUGACGUCCUCCGAGCUCUUCCAGCUGAGGAACCAACUGAAGGACCUGAAGACCCCGGAAAGCCGUAACCUCUUCUGCUGCCUGUACCGGUCCUGGUGUCACAACCCCGUGACAACCGUGUCCCUCUGCUUCCUUACCCAGAACUACAAGCAUGCCUAUGACCUCAUCCAGAAAUUCGGGGAUCUGGAGGUCACCGUGGAUUUCUUCACCGAGGUGGACAAGCUGGUGCAGCUCAUCGAGUGCCCCAUAUUCACAUAUCUCCGCCUGCAGCUGCUGGAUGUGAAGAACAACCCCUACCUGAUCAAAGCUCUGUAUGGCCUGCUGAUGCUGCUGCCCCAGAGCAGCGCCUUCCAGCUCCUCUCCCACCGCCUGCAGUGCGUGCCCAACCCCGAGCUCAUGCAGACCGCGGACAGCACCAAACCGAGCGCCGGCUUCAAGAGGGCGUCAGCCUCCAACAUCGACUACACGGAGCUGCUGCAACACUUCGAGAAGGUCCAAAACAAGCACCUGGAAGCGCGACACCAGCGAGCCGGGCGGGCAGAGCAGCUGGACCGGCGGGUGGUCCUCUGAGCAUCCCUGCGGCAGCCGCGGGUGCGCACGGUUGCUGGGGCAGGGACCAGGGGAUGCGGACCAGGGGACGGGGACACCGGUUGCUGGCCGCCGGAGGAUCUGGUGGGUUUAACGGCAGAGGGAGAUGGGCGAGCGCUCGGCGACGGGGCUGGUUUUCCUCCCCGCUGUGCGUUGUG